AUGAAUACUGCAAACCUCGAAGUCUUCUCUUUGAUGAUCUUCGCUCUUACGAGCUUUCAGCUUUGUUCCUGUGUCCCAGGUAAAGACUUUUACUCCAGUUAAAAGUUAAUGCAAGAGUUGGUGACUUUUAACGUUAUUUUCUUAAUUUGUUUUACGCUAACGUUUGUUUUAUCCUCGUGCAGGCAAAACUCAGAGAUCAGAGCCAAGAGAUGAAAACUCAGAGAGCUUACUGCAGAGGUGGCUAACAGAGGUAAUACCUUCUUAAUAUUUUAUUUAGCGCGCUUUGAUAAAUUUUAGUACAAAAUUACGUUUAGUGCCUGUGAUAACGGACAGCCCAUUCCUUUAUUUGAAGUCGAUUUUGUCUUACAAGUUAAUGCUUGCUGGAGCAGAAAUUUCAAUGUAGCCGUCUACCUGGUACAUUUCAAAAGUGUAUGAAGAAAAUAACCCUGUUUGGAUAUACUUUGUGCCUCAACGGUAGAAAUUCGUUCUUUAUUGUCAGAACCAGUUUGAAAAUUAACAGUUAUGCAUACCCAAAGUAAUCUGAAAUACAAGCACUGCCGUGCCAAUAUUAAUAUUGCAGAGCUUUUGUUUUUGAGAGUCAAGCGUGGGGACGCGAUCUUAUUUGUUUAGCAUUUUUGUGGUUGUCCAUACUUCGCAAAUAGAACUGAAGGACGUUAGAACGUGGCGCCAAGAUUUGAAUUAAAUAUUGCGCCAGAACGAUAACUUGAGAAUAUCGUUUUCAUUCCAUCGCCCUGUCAUCACUUUGCAAAAAAUAGCCUCCUACCCUCUGUUGUGAAAGAAAACAUUCCCUGUGGGAAUAAACAAUGCACUGGGAAUCUAGAAAAACAUGCCACGAUGUAUGAAUAAUUUUUAUAAUUUAGCUUUAGAAUUCAACGGAGCAUGUAGACAAAUACCAGUUUUUUACAUCUUGUUAAUCACAGCUAAUUGAUAAUUCAUAAAGAAGGAAAAAUUCAUGUUAAAUGAGGGUCAAUGUGAAAUUCUAUCUACACUAAAGUCUCAAUAGAUUUUUGUCACCUAUCCUUUCCUUUAAAAGUCCAUUAGCGCCAGUCGGAAAGCAAGUAAUGUAUUUUCACGUCAUUAAGAAAACAUUUAAAUAGGGUUCAAAAAACACGAAGAGCUAAUGAAUUAAUAACAAAUGAAUAUUUUAGUUCAUAUGUUUAAAUUUUUACGUGUUUGGCCAAUUUUUUACUUUCAAAAUCACGCUAUUUUUGUUUAUACUCAUCUCGUUUGAAACGUUAAGGAGCAAAACACUCAUACGACAGGGGAUUGAAGAGUUUUAACCGGGCGUCUGCAAAAUAAAAAACCAUUUCUAUCUGUCUCGUAGCUUAGGGCAAUGUAAGGACGCUAAAAAAUCGAAAGCACUAGAUAAAGUUUUCGAACUAUUUCUUAACGUCUCUUGCAUAAUUAUAGUUAGCCAGGGACACUUAACUUCAAAAAUGUCAAGUGUAGUCAAUUGCCUAUCGGCCAAAAUGAUGAAUAUACGAGGCUUGCUAAACUGUUCGUGAGCAAAGUAUUUCUCAUUUUUUUUAAUUUUUAAACGCUGAAUCCCAACGACGUCCGCGGAAAUGUAAAAGAAGGAGAAAAAAGAACUGGACUCACGGAAAAAUUGCCUGCAGCUAUAACAUUGUUUAGGUUGCCGCCGACACGAAGAAAAAAAAUUUAAGACAUAAAAUUCUAAAUCAGAAAAGUUUUUUACAUUUCAACGGACUCUGCCGUCGUUGAAUAAUGCAACACUCACUCAAAAUAUGCGCGCGUCCGUUAUUUAUAUACACAACGGAACUGGAAUCUUGUCUGUCAAGAAAAAAAGAAGAAGAAGAAUCCGGAGAUGAUUUCCAGCUGUUUGUUUGAGGUGUCCUUUUACCAAGGAAAGCAAUAAUUUGAUCGCAACUGAAGUAGCAAUUUUAAUAUUGAAAUAUGAAAUAAUAGAAACGUCUGAGUUGACAGCGAAGGAGGAAAAACGACACACGAGAACCCGAAGGGAACGCGUACACGAGAGUCCUUGCACGCGCGAUCUCACUCCUCCCUUUCGUAUGAUGACUAGGAGGUCACAAGCAUUUUAUGCCGUCCCCACUUUACGCGUUUACCAUUGUUCCCUUGAGGAACAUAUUUAUCUAUUUCCAGGCUAUCCAUUUGGGGGAUCGAAACGGUUUGCGUUCGUCAGUUCUCUUACAGACAACGCCUAUUUUUGUAAUCGUUCAAAACCUGAAAUGUAUAGUUCGCCUGGCAGCCGCUUUAUACGUUGAGUGUUGCUUUCGAGACAAAGAGCGGCUGCGUGGGAGGCAGGAAACGGAAACCUAAACGGACUCGUGAGGAAGUAUUUAUAAAAUCUUAGCCUGCAAGACAGGCAAGCGUAAAGCGCGAGAAAAGAAAACCCUGUUCUGCAGGCUUUAAAAUCUUGCCAUGACGUUUGCGCUGUGGAUGACUUGAAAUACAACGGUAAAAUGUUUAUGGGCAUAAUAAUGAGAGUUUGGGGCAGUCUCGACCUCGAUCAGUAAUACACCUUCACAGUUUGCAAAUAGCAGACUAUCCAGUCAACCCAUUGUCACGUCUAGGCCGGUUGGAUUUCCAUUUGGUUUUCCUAAAUCUCAGCUUCAAAGUCAGAACCCUUACUUUGAACAAGAUGUAAUGUGCCAACUAUGGUUGAUCAAGCAACUUUUGACGUAAAAAAAGUUAUUACAUUUUGCAUCUAAUAUUAUUACAUUCUGUGUUACUAUUACAUUUUGCGUCAAAGGUUAUUACAUUUUGCGUUACCAUUACAUUUUGUGGCGCAACAAACGGCGUAUGUUAGAUUUACGAGUACCUCCUCAGCGAAAGAGGGACCCGAAACUUACCUAGUAUAUGCGUUGACUUUCAUCGUCAGCGACACAAGCCUGCUGAUCUGAAAAGUCUCAUUUGUCUCUCAUUUUACUAAUGUCCUGUAACUUGCAAGCAGAGACCCUUUGAUCUUCCCGACUUAUCCAAACAAUCAAAUUCAAGGACCGCUGCUGUUAGGCUAUUUGGCUAGCGUUUAUUUUAUACGAGAAAGAGUUGACCCCUGUGCCCGAGCCAACAGCUUGCUCUGAUUGUCUAAAAACGGCACCGGCGCAUGCCCUGAUUAUCUCACCUUGACCGUGUCUACCCGGGGCAACUUUUCUCCAUAUAAACCGGGCCUUAGCAAGCGAGAGGUGAAUGCGGUGAGGAAAUACGAAGCAAAAAUUUGGAUUUACUGCGUUGCUCCUCGGUCGGGAGAAACAUACCCAGUUGACUCAUAAUACUUUUGAACAGGCUAAAAACCCGGUUUUCCUUCUUUUUCUUCUUUUUACUACAGCCGUCUCUUGAACAAGCAGAUAAAAGAAUGGAUGUGCCUCGAACGAAAGUUCUUCAGAAAAGGAUUUUCAUGGGAGAAGAUAAAGGAGAUAGCAGAUACAAUGGCUUUGAUCCUGUGAAAUCUGGGCACGAGUCUGCACCUGACCGAUCCAUACGGGAAAGAAAGAAGCAGUUUGGUGAGAGAUUUGAGGCGCUUAAUGAAUUCAAAAACGACGUACCGUAUGCACGCCAGGCCCAAGUCCUUCAGAAAAGGAUUUUUAUGGGUGAGGAUCGUGGACGCGAUGUUCCAGAGAGCAGAUACACGAGCAAGGUUUUCGUAGGAAAAGGACCCCAAAAAGAUGACCCUGAGAGUAUUCCGCAGGAGAACAAUCUUGAGAAGUUGCUUUCUUUGAGGGCUCGUGCGAGGGCUCUACAUAUGAACGUUGACAACUACAUUGAAGAGUACCGAAAAGAAGACGCGGGGCAAGAUAACAGGAAGAAAGGAGACCGGCUGCAUGAUACAAAAUGGGAGAACAUUCCCCAGCGCUUUCGCUGA